CCCCCCCCCCCCCCCCCCCAAGCCCGUUGCUUUUCUCCCCUAAGCAUCGAACCCUAGGGUCUACGCUAUACACCACCACCACUGUGCGCAUAUCCUCAGUCUAGCUUCCGCAUCGUCCAUCACCGCAACUACCUGCUCCGCCAACACUCAGCCCGCUUCGCCAGCCCCAACUCCUACGCAAACAUGGUUCAACAAAACAGCACAACACCCACCACCACGCCCAAAAGCGCCCCACUCGUCGCACUCGCCCGCUACCUCCUUGCCCAAAAAUACACCUACACGACCAUAACCCCCGAAUCGCACAAGAUAGUUCUUGAUAGGAGGGAUGAGAAAUUGAAAAAUGUGGAUUUGGGGGAUGUGAAGGUUACGCUCAGGGAUGUUUUUGGGUUGAAUGUUUGGUUUACCAGAAAAUGUUUGGAUUUGGGUCAGGACGAGGAAGGGAGGGUUUUGGGGUGGUUGGAGGAGGCGGGGGUGCUGGAGAGGAGGAAGGACGCGAAUGGAAGUGAGGUGAUCCGCUCAGGCGUGCGUUUCUCAACAAUCGGCACCUCCCUCUACAUGCACUCCUCCUUCCCGACCGCCUUCAACGAUUCCGUCUUUCUCGGCCCGGACACCUACCGCUACGUCGACCUUAUCCGUUCUUUCGUCCAACGCCUCGCUUCCACUCCCAAUGCGAUCAAGAUCAAGACAGCGAUCGACAUCGGCGCCGGGUCGGGUGUCGGCGGGAUGGAGUUGGCGCGGUUCUGUGGGGAGUAUGGGGUGGAGGUGGAGAGGGUUGUGUUGGGGGAUAUCAAUGAGAAGGCGUUGGAAUGGUCAUUGGUUAAUGCGCAGGUCGCGGGGUAUGUGCCUGUUGACGAGGAGGCAAACGCCAAGAACGGUGCGACCACCACGAACGGCACUUUGAACGGAAACGGCGGCGCGACUCACUCCAACGGCACCAACGGCACCAACGGCACCGAAACCAACGGAACCUCCGACAAACCGCACUUCCCACCGACAACGCUCAUCCAGCCCACUACCCCCACCACGCACCUCCACCUAGCCUACUCCUCCUACCUCUCCACCCUCCCCUCGCACACCCCUCUCUCCCUCAUCCUCUCCAACCCCCCCUACAUGUCCUCAACCACCCACCUCUACUCCGACGGCGGGCACUCCUCCGGCCUCGGGAUGUCCCUCUCCAUCAUCGACGCCGCCGUCGAGCGGUUGUUACCGGGCGGUCAUCUGGUGCUGUAUACGGGCGUGGCGAUCUUAGACGGGGGGCGGGACCCGUUGAAGGAGUAUGUGACCGGCUAUGUUGAGAAAGGGAGGGUGGAGUGCGUGGAGUAUAGGGAGAUGGAGGUGGAUAUCUGGGGACAUGAGUUGAGGGAGGAGGGGUAUAGGGACGUGGAGAGGAUGUGCGCUGUUGGGUGUGUUUUGAGGAAGGUUUAGGAUUCUUAUACGGGGACGGUCGAUUGUAUGAUAGUGUGCGGUGGAGGGAGCCUAUGUUUUUUGCGCGUAUUUGGAACACUGGUAAAGGAAUUUAUUUGAUAGGUAUAUUAUAGACCGACCGACGGACUUUCGGCUUGUGUUUACUGUAUCAGUAUAUCUCAAGGGAAAUGUGGUG